AUGGGCACGCCUGUCCCUCUUGGCCCCCAGGAGAUAGACCAGGAGGAGACAGACCAGGAGGAGACAGACCAGGAGGAGACAGACCAGGAGGAGACAGACCAGGAGGAGACAGACCAGGAGGAGACAGACCAGGAGGAGACAGACCAGGAGGAGACAGACCAUGAGGAGACAGACCAGGAGAUAGACCAGGAGGAGACAGACCAGGAGGAGACAGACCAGGAGGAGACAGACCAGGAGGAGACAGACCAGGAGGAGACAGACCAGGAGGAGACAGACCAGGAGGAGACAGACCAGGAGGAGAUAGACCAGGAGGAGACAGACCAGGAGGAGACAGACCAGGAGGAGACAGACCAGGAGGAGACAGACCAGGAGGAGACAGACCAGGAGGAGACAGACCAGGAGGAGACAGACCAUGAGGAGACAGACCAUGAGGAGACAGACCAUGAGGAGACAGACCAGGAGGAGACAGACCAGGAGGAGACAGACCAGGAGGAGACAGACCAGGAGGAGACAGACCAGGAGGAGGCAGACCAGGAGGAGACAGACCAGGAGGAGACAGACCAGGAGGAGACAGACCAGGAGGAGACAGACCAGGAGGAGACAGACCAUGAGGAGACAGACCAGGAGGAGACAGACCAGGAGAUAGACCAGGAGGAGACAGACCAGGAGGAGACAGACCAGGAGGAGACAGACCAGGAGGAGACAGACCAGGAGGAGACAGACCAGGAGGAGACAGACCAGGAGGAGACAGACCAGGAGGAGACAGACCAGGAGGAGACAGACCAGGAGGAGACAGACCAGGAGGAGACAGACCAGGAGACAGACCAGGAGGAGACAGACCAGGAGACAGACCAGGAGGAGACAGACCAUGAGGAGACAGACCAUGAGGAGACAGACCAGGAGGAGACAGACCAUGAGGAGACAGACCAUGAGGAGACAGACCAGGAGGAGACAGACCAUGAGGAGACAGACCAGGAGGAGACAGACCAUGAGGAGACAGACCAGGAGGAGACAGACCAGGAGGAGACAGACCAGGAGGAGAUAGACCAGGAGGAGACAGACCAGGAGGAGACAGACCAGGAGGAGACAGACCAUGAGGAGACAGACCAGGAGGAGACAGACCAGGAGGAGACAGACCAGGAGGAGACAGACCAGGAGGAGACAGACCAGGAGGAGAUAGACCAGGAGGAGACAGACCAGGAGGAGACAGACCAGGAGGAGACAGACCAGGAGGAGACAGACCAGGAGACAGACCAGGAGGAGACAGACCAGGAGACAGACCAGGAGGAGACAGACCAUGAGGAGACAGACCAUGAGGAGACAGACCAGGAGGAGACAGACCAUGAGGAGACAGACCAGGAGGAGACAGACCAUGAGGAGACAGACCAGGAGGAGACAGACCAGGAGGAGACAGACCAGGAGGAGACAGACCAGGAGGAGACAGAGCAGGAGGAGACAGACCAGGAGGAGACAUACCAUGAGGAGACAUACCAGGAGGAGACAGACCAUGAGGAGACAGACCAUGAGGAGACAGACCAGGAGGAGACAGACCAGGAGGAGACAGACCAGGAGGAGACAGACCAGGAGGAGACAGACCAUGAGGAGACAGACCAGGAGGAGACAGACCAGGAGGAGACAGACCAGGAGGAGACAGACCAGGAGGAGACAGACCAGGAGACAGACCAGGAGGAGACAGACCAGGAGGAGACAGACCAGGAGGACAGACAGAGACCAUGA